CCACUUCCUUUUCAGCUUGUUUUGUUUUCAGCGGCGGCGUAAUGUCAUUAUUGUUACGGCGCUCGCUUGAAAUGUCAGCGAGGUAGCGAUUCCGUGUAUACAAUAUAAAUAAUUUGAUAAUCCUGUAUGAUGUAGUCGCAAUUGUCGCGAGCGGUGUGUGCGGUGAGAGUUCGCCCGCGGAGUGAUGUCAGAGGUGGGUGCAAACGCGGCCGCAGAUGAAAAAAAAACAGGUUAUUGUGAGGACAGCACGGACAGUGACAAUGACACGGAACGAAAACCUCUCUUGCGGAGGAUUUCAACCAGCAAAUGCGUCGGUAGACUGCCCGUGGUCAAGGAGGGUUACCUGAUGAAGCAGACCCGCAGCUUCCAGCGAUGGCAGCGGCGGUACUUCAGGCUGCGCGGGCGCACGCUCUACUACGCCAAGGAGAAGGAGGUUAGUGAUAUUGUUUUCUAAAAGCAGAUACAAAUUUCAAACGCUUGAAAUUUGUGAGUCCAAUAACAACAAAUAAGUAUUACUAUCUUGUCAGUGCUAAAACAUCCUUAUAAUUUAUUAUAUACUCAUAUGAUGCAUUUUGCUUUAAGAAACAUCGCAUACUAAAUACCAUUACAAUUAUACUUACAAAGUUAAUUGUAUUGCGACCCGAAUUACGUCAAGAUGACUGUAAUUUCAACAUAAAACUAUUAAACAAUAAUAAACGUCUAGCCUCUAACAUAAUCUCGUAUGCCCUAAAUCAAGUUAUCGCCAUAAAUGCGAUUGGCCGAAACGUUCACAGACGAACAACCCUUCACUGUGGUUUACUGGAAUUGUCUCAAAACUUUCCGACGCAAUUGUAAUUUGAUCAAAUGUUUCGCAAACAUAACUAAUGCCAAGCGCCAACACGGCUCGCUAGAAUUCGAACCCGCACUGAAUAUUUAAACGAGCCUACAGUCGGCUUGUAGGGCGGGAACACGCAGAUUCUCGUUGCGCUGGAUGUGGUUUUGGAAGUGCUCUUAUUUGUAUCGACGAUGGCUGUUGUUGUCUUUGUCUAAUG